UCAAGGGCUCGGGGCUGAACCUCCUCAUCAACAAUGCUGGUGUAGGAAAUAACAACUCGCUUGACACCGAGACACUAGACGACAUGCUCCAUGUGUUCACUACCAACACCGUUGCACCUCUGCUGCUCAGCCAGGCGUUCCUGCCCCUUCUGAAGAAGGCAGCCCAGGGGAACCCAGGCUCAGGGUUGAGCUGCAGCAAGGCAGCCAUCAUCAACAUGUCCAGCACUGCUGGAUCCAUUCAGGACCUCUAUCUGUGGCAGUACGGACAAGCGCUCUCAUAUCGUUGCAGCAAGGCUGCUCUGAACAUGCUCACCAGGUGCCAGUCCAUGGGGUACCGGGAACACGGCAUCCUCUGCGUUGCUCUCCAUCCCGGCUGGGUCAAAACAGACAUGGGAGGCACAUUAGAAGAUAAGCCCCCGCUGACGGUGGACGCGAGCGUAGGAGGGAUGCUGAAGGUGCUCUCCAAGCUCUCCGAGAAGGACAGCGGGACCUUCCUGGACUGGGAAGGGAACGUGGUGGCCUGGUGAGGUGCUAGCCCGGCCUCCUGCCUGGAUCCUGGCACUGGCCCCUCUAGUGCAGCCUUCCCCCUCAAUAAAUCCAUAUCUGAGAACAGCAA